AUGACGACCCGGAACGAAAGCAAACCUCUCGUGGCGCUGAUUGGCACUCUUGACACCAAGAAAGCUGAAUACCAGUUUGCCACCUCUUGGCUUGAACAGCGAGGAUGCAUUGUCACUGUACUGGAUGUCAGCACGCAAGGUCCCCUGGAAGGACCAUCCUCAUUCGAGCUCGGAGCAGACUCGGGCCUAUACACUCCAAAGCGGCUGCUUGAGCUUCGAUCUGGCGGACAUGGCACCGAGGUACCCACCGAACGGUCAGCUGUGCGUGAUGCUCUUCGAGAGGCGUGUCUUCGCGAGCUGUCUCAGCUCCAGGACGAUGGAGCGCUUGAUGCAAUCGCCUCCUUCGGUGGUAGUCAAAACACUGCGUUCGCAACUUCGAUCAUGCGCGAUGCUAGAUUUCCGAUCGGUUUGCCCAAAAUCAUGCUCACCACCAUGGCCAGUGGUGACGUGAGCGAGUACGUUGGCGAAAGUGACAUUUGUAUCAUGCCAUCCAUAGGCGACAUUUCUGGCUCGCUCAACGCCAUCACUCUGACGACGCUGCAAUCUGCUCUAGCAGCUAUCUCGGGCAUGGCGCACGCGCAACAUUGCUCAAAACAAACACAGUCAACGGUAAGAUCUUUGAGCAAUGACCACAAGCCUAUGAUCGCUAUCAGCAUGUUCGGCGUCACUACUGUAGCCGUCAAUCAGAUUUCGGAACGGCUAAAGCAAAAAGGCUUCGAGCCAGUCGCGUUUCAUGCUACGGGAUCUGGAGGCCGCAGUAUGGAGCGUCUCAUACGCGAAGGCUACUUUUCUGGUGUGAUCGACCUAACCACCACGGAGAUCUGCGACCACCUGUAUCAUGGCGUUCUCUCCGCAGGUCCGGACCGUCUUACCGCAGCUGCUGAGAAAGGUGUGCCCCAGAUCGUGUCUGUUGGCGCUCUGGACAUGAUCAACUUUGGUUCCCUAACAUCUUUGCCAUCACGCUUCGAGCUCAAGCAUGGCUCCGAAGAGGGCCCUAUGCAUCACACCACGAAUGGAACGCCGGUGUACGAGCACAAUAGUCAGGUGACGCUGGUGCGCACAUCCGUGGAGCAGAAUCGAGAGCUCGGCAAGUAUCUGGUCCGCAAUCUGUUCAAAGGCCUAGAGCGCGGGUCGCAAGGUCGGAAAGAGGCUCGAAUGCGGAUCCUAUUGCCCAAAGGCGGCAUUUCGGGUAUGGACGGUGCACAAGGUGUUUGGGACGAUCCAGAGGCGAGAGCAGCGCUAUUCCAUAGUAUCGAAGAGAGCUUAGAGCACCAUAGAGAUCAAGGGGGUCAGCAUUCCAUCACCUUGGAGGCGUAUGACCAUCACAUCAACAGCUCCGAGUUCGCUGAGAUCGUUGCCAAUCAGGCGGCAGGGCUGGUUUCGAAACAGUGA